AUGAGGCAGCCUCUUAUUAUCUCCAGCUGGAGAACGCAUUCCUCCCGUCUUAGCGGCUUUCACCAUCAGACCAUCUCGUUCCGCUCAAGUAGACUCCCUGAAACAGAUGACACGUGCUUCGAUGUUCAGUACGUCCCGCUGGAGGGGGUUGAAAAUCUCGAGCGAUAUCGUCCCGGAGGCUAUCAUCCCAUUGUUAUUGGCGAAUGUCUACAUGACCGGUACGACAUUGUGCACAAGUUAGGUUCUGGUGGCUUUUCAACUAUCUGGCUAGCCAAUGACAGGACAACUGGCAGAUAUGUAGCCGUUAAGGUUAACACCGCAGCUGCAAGUCUGUGCAGGGAGAGCAGUAUCUUGCGUCAACUGAACAGCACAAUACUCAAGAGACCGGUUCAUCCCGGAAAAUCAGUCAUUCCUCACAUCUUAGGUGAAUUUUCCCUGGACGGUCCGAAUGGCAAGCAUCAAUGCCUGGUCACAGUUCCUGCAAGGAUGAACAUCAACGAAGCCAAGGAUGCUUCACGCUUCAGACUAUUUCAACUUCCUGUAGCGAGGGCGAUAAUUGCUCAGCUCGUUCAAGGGGUAGCUUUCUUACAUUCUCAGGGCAUUGCUCAUGCUGACCUUCAUCUUGGCAAUAUUCUGUUACGCCUUCCUGCGAGCAUUCAACGCCUUUCUCCAGCUCAGUUCUAUGAGAAAUAUGGGCAGCCUAGUCAUGAGCCCGUUGUGCGCUUCGACAAUCAAACCCUUCCUCAAGGAGUUCCCACUCACGGUAUCAUGCCCGUAUGGCUCGGAGAUGGAAGCGAAAAUAUUUCUCUUUCGGAAGCUGAAAUUUUUCUUACUGACUAUGGCGAGUCAUUCAUGCCAUCAAUGACCCCGCGGUACUACUCGAAUACACCAGACCUGCUGGUUCCUCCUGAAGUCUACUUUUUGCGCCAGAAGCCCCUUUCCUUCUCUGCCGAUAUUUGGGCACUCGCCAUUAUCAUGUGGAGCAUUAUGGGCCAGAAAGAAAUUUUUGAAGCCCACCUUCCAUACGCUGACUGGAUGAUCAAAGAGCACGUCGAGACACUAGGUAAGCUCCCACGCGAGUGGUGGAGUACGUGGGAAGCCCGCCUUAAGUGGUUCAACGAGGAUGGGGUCAGAGUGGACGGUUGCAUUGGAAGACCAUUGGAGGAGCGCUUCAGAACCUCUAUACAAAAGCCAAGGCUGGAAGACGGUGAGGUGGGCGAAGUUUGCAAGGAAGAGAAGGACGCGCUGUUGGCUUUGUUCAAGUCUAUGAUGAAAUUUAGGCCAGAUGAGAGACCAUCUAUAGAUGAAAUCCUGGGUUCUGAAUGGAUAAGAAAGUGGGCUCUUCCUGAUUAUGAGAAGAUGAGGAACGGUUAG